GCUUCUCUGGCCGUACACUGUUCAGUCUUCUGCCUAGCAGGUGGCAAGUUCCAGUUGGAGAACCGAGUGAGUCUUCCUGUGGAGCCAAGGUCCUAUUCGCCUUGACAAACACCGCGAUGUCUCAGCAGGGCGCCAAAGGCUUUUCCAAAGGGUCUUCCCAGGGCUCCGCCCCCUGCUCCGCCCCGACGCCCGCCCCCGCUCCCUCCUCCUCCUGCUGUAGCCGCGGCUGCUGCGGGGGCGGCGGUUGUGGCUGCUGCGGUGACUCCGGCUGCUGUGGCUCCAGUUCCACCGGCUGCUGCUGCUUCCCCAGGAGGCGCCGCCGGCAGCGCACUGGCGGCUGCUGCUGCGGAGGAAGCCAAAGGUCUCAACGCUCCUGCAACAACCAGAGCUCAGGCUGCUGCGGUGGCUGCUGAGAGCCCACAGAGCUGCGCCCAAGCAGCUAGCAUCCUACAGCGACCCCUCUGCUGCUCCCACCCUGUCUUCCAUAGUAGUAACAGGCUGGACCAAUCUCGGAGUUUGGUCCCCUUAAAGCUAACUGCACUUUGAUGUUCAGAAACCUCACGCUCUUCUCAGCCCUGUCCCCUCGUGCUGAUUUUCCUACCAGGGAAUACAAGUCAGGGGUGGGACCUCAGACCAUGCUAAGGGCAGGGGCUUGUGCACGUCAGUGUUCAAAAUAGAUCUACUGAUUUGAUUGUCCUCCGAAGACGUCAUAAUAAAGCUUCUACCUCCCGUGAA